CUCAGGGCCGAGAAGUAUCUCCACAUUAUCCCCACGAGAAACCCAACAACGCAUAUCCCCGUUCUCCGUUUCCUUCAGCCACCACCGGCGGCGAGAGUGAGGUGUUGCUCUGCUCGCCAUUUGCCGCCGUCUUGAACGCCCAUGGAGCUCUGCUGCUCGGGCGUCCUCAGCGGCGCCGGCGGCGCCGCCACGCGAGCGGCGCCGCCACCGAGGAAACCAAGGCCCGGGAACAUGGGGGCUCCGUCCACCGGGCUCCUGGUGGCCCCACCGAACCGGCGGCGGGGCGGCCGCGCCGGCUGCCGCCAGUCGGCCCCGCCCGCGCCGCUCAGGGACGAGCGGCGGGCCGCCGGCACGGAGAGCGUCGUCCACAUGCUCCGGUCGGCGCCCGGCCCCGCCGAGGCCCUGGAGCUCUUCACGGCGGCGGCGCGGCAGCCCACGGCGGUCCACACCACGGAGUCCUGCAACUACAUGCUGGAGCUGAUGCGCGCCCACGGCCGCGUCGGGGACAUGGCGCAGGUGUUCGACCUAAUGCAGCGGCAGAUCGUCAAGACCAACGUCGGCACCUUCGCCACCAUCUUCAGCGGCGUCGGCGUCGAGGGCGGGCUCCGGAGCGCGCCGGCGGCCCUGCCGGUGAUGAGGGAGGCGGGGAUGUCCCUGAACGCCUACUCGUACAACGGCCUGAUUUACUUCCUCGUCAAGUCCGGCUGCGACAGAGAGGCCAUGGAGGUUUAUAAGGCGAUGGUGGAGGACGGCAUCGUGCCAAGCGUGAGGACCUACUCGGUGCUGAUGUUGGCAUUCGGGAAGAAGAGGGACGCUGACACGGUUCUCUGGCUGUUGAGUGAGAUGGAGACUCGCGGCAUUAAGCCAAAUGUGUAUAGCUACACCAUCUGCAUUCGGGUUCUUGGGCAGGCUGCAAGGUUUGAGGAGGCAUAUCGGAUUCUUAGGAAGAUGGAGGAUGCAGGGUGCAAACCGGAUGUUGUUACGCAUACCGUGCUAAUACAGAUUCUCUGUGAUGCUGGUCGGCUCAGUGAUGCCAAGGAUGUGUUUUGGAAGAUGAAAGCAAGUGAUCAGAAACCUGAUCGUGUCACUUACAUUACUCUCUUAGACAAGUGUGGUGACUCUGGCGACCCCCAAUCGGUGAUAGAAAUUUGGAAUGCAAUGGAAACUGAUGGGUAUAAUGACAAUAUUGUUGCUUAUACUGCAGUUGUAGAUGCAUUAUGCCAAGUUGGGAGGGUUAAUGAGGCUUUUGCUGUUUUUGAGGAGAUGAAGCAAAAGGGUAUAUCGCCUGAACAGUAUUCAUAUAACUCCUUAAUAUCUGGGUUUCUGAAAGCUGAUAUGUUUGAUCGUGCUCUGGAGCUCUUGAACCAUAUGAAUGUUCAUGGCCCUAGUCCAAAUGGCUACACACAUGUGCUUUUCAUUAAUUACUAUGGAAAAUCUGGUCAAUCUCUGAAAGCAAUUCAAAGAUACGAGCACAUGAAAAGCAAAGGGAUUGUUCCAGAUGUUGUUGCUGGCAAUGCUGUUUUGUAUAGCCUUGCUAGAUCUGGCAGACUUGGAAUGGCAAAAAGGGUCUUCUAUGAAUUAAAAGCCAUGGGAGUUUCUCCAGACACUAUCACUUACACCAUGAUGAUCAAAUGUUGCAGCAAGGCAUCAAAAGCUGAUGAAGCUGUGAAGAUUUUUUCUGAGAUGGUAGAAAAUGGAUGUGUUCCUGAUGUUCUCACAGUGAAUUCUUUGAUUGAUACACUCUACAAGGGAGGCAGGGGAAAUGAAGCAUGGCAACUUUUCCAUCAAUUAAAAGAAAUGAAAAUUGAGCCCACUGAUGUUACGUACAACACACUUUUGUCAGGAUUAGGAAGAGAAGGCAAAGUUAAGGAGGUAAUGCAUAUGUUCGAAGAAAUGAGCUCUAGUAUUUAUCCGCCUAAUUUAAUUACAUACAACACAGUUCUAGAUUGUCUCUGCAAAAAUGGGGAGGUGAACUAUGCAAUAGAUAUGUUGUACAGUAUGACUGCGAAAGGUUGCACACCUGACCUUUCAUCUUAUAACACUGUCAUGUAUGGCCUUGUUAAUGAGGACAGAUUUGAAGAGGCAUUCGGAAUGUUUUGUCAAAUGAAGAAGGUUCUUGCUCCAGAUUAUGCAACAUUGUGUACUCUCCUCCCAAGUUUUGUGAAAAAUGGAUUGAUGAAGGAAGCUCUGCAUACUUUUAAGGAAUACAUUUUUAAGGCUGAUUCUAAUAUGGAUAAGUCUUCAUUCCAUUCACUUAUGGAAGGGAUACUGAAGAAGGCUGGUGUGGAAAAGUCAAUCGAGUUUGCUGAAAAUAUAGCAUCAAGGGGAAUUCUCCUGAAUGAUUUCUUUUUAUGCCCAUUGAUUAGGCAUCUCUGUAAGAACAAGAAAGCUCUUGAAGCACAUGAACUCUCCCAAAAGUUUAAGAGUCUUGGAGUUUCACUAAAAACUAGCUCAUACAAUUCUCUUAUUCGUGGCCUUGUGGAUGAAAACCUGAUUGAUGUCGCUGAAGGCUUGUUUGCUGAAAUGAAAAGACUAGGAUGUGGCCCAGAUGAGUUCACUUACAAUUUGAUUCUUGAUGCCAUGGGAAAGUCGGCACGGAUUGAGGAGAUGUUAAAAAUCCAAGAGGAGAUGCAUCGUAAGGGAUUUGAAUCAACUUAUGUUACUUAUAAUACAAUCAUUUCAGGUCUUGUAAAAUCAAAGAGGUUGGACCAGGCUAUAGACUUAUACUACAAUCUGGUGAGCGAAGGCUUCUCCCCAACACCAUGUACAUAUGGUCCUCUUCUUGAUGGGUUGUUAAAAGCUGGGAAGAUAGAAGAGGCAGAAAAUCUUUUCAAUGAGAUGCUAGAGUAUGGUUGCAAACCUAAUUGCACCAUCUACAAUAUUCUACUGAAUGGACAUCGAAUAGCUGGUAACACAGAAAAUGUUUGUCAGCUCUUUGAUAAGAUGGUCGAGCAGGGAAUAAACCCAGAUAUAAAAUCCUAUACAGUUCUUAUUGACGCCCUCUGUACAGCAGGAAGAUUAAAUGAUGGUUUGUCUUAUUUUAGACAAUUAGUGGAAUUAGGACUUGAGCCUGAUCUUAUCACCUAUAAUUUGCUAAUUGAUGGCCUUGGCAAAUCUGGAAGAAUAGAGGAAGCAAUUUCUCUCUUCAAUGAGAUGAAGACAAAAGGAAUUGCUGCGAACUUGUAUACAUACAAUUCACUGAUUCUCCACUUAGGGAAAGCAGGGAAGGCUGCUGAAGCUGGUCAGAUGUAUGAAGAACUACUGAUGAAAGGAUGGAAACCUAGCGUUUUCACAUAUAAUGCCCUUAUCAGGGGUUACAGUGUUUCUGGUAAUACUGAGAAUGCAUAUGCUGCCUAUGGUCGGAUGAUUGUUGGAGGGUGCCUACCCAAUUCAAGCACUUACAUGCAACUUCCAAAUCAAUUGUGACUGAGAAGUUAGUCAUAGUCUGUAUGUGGUUCUGUAUAGUUUUGUCCAUAGUGGGAAAUGAUCAACUGUAUAUAGUAGCUGAUACUUUAUUUAAAGUAUUUGAGGGUACAUUUAGAUCUUACUCUGCAUUAUUGUUCCAUUCGUACUGGCCUAAUUGUAUGUAAUAUACAGUUAAUGGAACCAUGUCCUCCAUUUUACUGACACAUUGAAAGAAGCAACGCUCAUCAUAUAUUUAUAUUCA